AUGAUUUUUGAUGAAGUUGUAGGAGGUUAUUUUUGUAUUCUUGUUGAUGAAUCCCAAAACGAGUCUAAAAAAGAACAAAUGGCCCUUAUUUUGAGAUAUGUCAAGAAUGAUGGUUUGCUAGGGGAAUGGUUCUUUGAUAUCAUGGGUGUUGAAAAUACAUCUGCAUUGACUCUUAAAAAAGAGAUAUCGAAUAUCCUUUCUCGAUUUAAUCUCCCUAUUCAAAACAUGCGUGGUCAAGGGUAUGAUGGUGCUAGCAAUAUGCGUGGCAAAUGGAAUGGACUUCAAGCGUUAUUUCUUAAAGAUUGCCUAUAUGCAUAUUAUGUAGAUUGCUUUGCACAUUGUCUGCAAUUGGCCUUAAUUGCAGCAACAAAAGAUGAGCCUAAUGUUUGGCAAUUUUUUUCUCACUUGAGUUGUAUUGUCAAUCUUGUUGCUUCUUCUCUAAAGUGCAUUGGUGAGUUAAAAUCUUUUCAUAGGAGUGAAGUUGAAAAUAUGUUGGCUAGUGUUGUUGAAAGUCUCAAGAAGAGUACAAAUCAACAAAUUCGCGGGCAAGCUAAUGGAGUUUACAAGGAUAUGAAAUCUUAUCGAUAUAGAAGUCUUAAACAACUGAAGAUUGUUUGGGAUAGGACUUCUGAAACAUUCAAACUAUUUGUGAGACUUAGCGACAAGAUUGAAGAAAUUCGCAUUAUUGAAAAGAUACUUAAAUCACGUAGUUCGAAAUUCGAACAUGUGGUUGUUGCCAUUGAAGAAUCAAAGGAUUUUAACGACUUGACAAUCGAUGAAUUGUAA